CACGGAAGUGACGCUCGAGCAAAAGCAACGUCAACUUCCGCUGAGGCUGCACGCAGCGGGUGAAGUUGUUAGCAGUGUUGAAUUUAUUGUAUUUUGUUAGCGAUUGAAAUGGAUGUGGUUCUGUAUAUUGUAGCUGCGGUUAUUCUGCUCGUUCUGAUAGUGUUUGCUGUGAAAGUUCGUGGACGCACUGAAGAAGCAGCUGAUCGUGAGGAUGCUCAGAAUGUGGCGGUUCGAGCCGCGGUCCGUCCGCAGCCGGCAGAGGAGCGUCCAGCAGGAAUGCCUCGCCGCCGGAGAAACCUGCACAGCAGAGUGAACGUCCAGCGCGCACAGCAGCCGUCAGACAACGAGGACAGUCCUGUGGAAGCGGAGGAGAAUCCGGAAGACACGCAGCCGUCUGAAGAACGUCCUCAAGCUUCUGCUAAAGUCGGAGCAAAGAAACAGAAGAAGCUGGAGGAGAAGCAAGCGCGGAAAGCUCAGAGAGAGGUCGAGCUGGAAGAGCGAGAGGAGAGGAGGAAGAUGCAGGAGCUCAGAGAUCAAGAGAGACAGAAAGAAGAUGAGAAGGAGAGACUGCAAGAGCAAAAACGGGAGGAGGAGUUACUGCGUGCUAAAGAGGAGCAGGAGCGUAAGGAGGAGGAGGAGUACCAGCGGCUGAAGGAGUGUUUUGUGAUCGAGGAUCAGGGAGAAGCAGAGGAGCUCAGUGAACAGGAGUCUCGCAGCCUGCUGCAGGAGUUCAUCCAGUAUAUCAAGAAUUCUAAAGUGGUUUUGCUGGAGGAUUUGGCGUCCCGCUUCGGCAUGCGCACACAGGAUGCUAUUGCCAGACUGCAGGACCUGAUAGCAGACGGCUCCCUGACAGGAGUGAUCGACGACCGAGGGAAGUUUAUUUUCAUCACGCCGGAGGAGCUGAACGCUGUGGCUCAGUUCGUCAAACAGAGAGGAAGAGUCUCGAUCUCAGAACUCGUUCAAGCCAGUAACACCCUCAUAAACCUGACGCCUGAGAUCCAGACCGAUGCGUGAACCUUCUGCAUGAACACUAAAUACUGUUUCCAUUGCAAGGACUUGUAAAUAAAGUGAUAUUAUUUACAGCACACAGGGCUCAUUUCCUACCUAAUCUCCCUUAUGUCACCCUGUAAGCAUCGUACAGUAGGUAUGGAUAUGUCUAAUAUUGUCUCAACCGCUUUAAGAAGUAGCUUGAGGCUGGUUUGUAAUACAGAAGAAUUGUUUUCAGUGGCAGAGAAGGAGAUUUUAUUUCAUUGUUGUUGUACACGCAGUUUAAACAGGGUCCCCUCAGUCGUGCUUUGGAUAAAAGCGUCUGCUAAAUGCAUAAAUGUAAAUGAAAACCUGGAAAAAAUAGGGAAUUUUAAGACUUUUUUUUUUCUUCCUAGUAUAUUUUUCUAGUAAUAUUCAGGUCUACAAUAUUUCAUUGCAUAGAAAUGUUGUUUGUUGAUGUAAUAUGUAUUAAAUUAUUUGUAAACCCGAUUAUUUGGUUUUCACAAACAAAUGACAAAGUCAUAAAUAUUUAUUGUUCAGAAACUGUUCAAAACAUCCGAGUAAUUUCCUCUCACUAUCGACUGCCCUGUCGAAUAAAAAAGUGUAUUUUAUUGUA